UCGGGCGAGAUGAGAAAGAGAUAAUAUCAUAGAUAAUAGGCGCCAUUCUCACUUUUUUCCCGCGAAAAAAGCGUCUAUUUCCCGGGAAAUUUCUGGGGGCUUCUCAUUUCAUCAAAUCGAAGGAAGAAGAAGAAGAAUAAGGGGGAAAGAGAAAAGGGUUUGGUUAGGUUUGAUUAUUAUGGACGAAUCGUUCACUCCACCUCCUCCAAUGUCCUCUUCCCAGCACAACCAUGUCAAACGAAUGCUAAAUUCCAAUCGCUUCAAAUCACCUUCCAAAACAAUCUACUCCGACCGCUUCAUACCCAGCAGAUCCGCUUCCAAUUUCGCUCUGUUUAACCUAUCGCCGUACACGGAGGACGGUUGUAGUUGCAGCCCCUAUGGCAGUGCGCUGCGGAGUGCCUUGUUUGGACCUUCCACACCCAACAAAUUCGAAAGCCCUAAUAUAUUUCGUUUCAAAUCGGAGACUCGACAGUCCAUGCACUCUCUUUCUCUCACUCCUUUUACUUCCCAAGAUGUCCUUCUUCCUGGCUAUGACUACAAUCAUAAGCCUCUUAAGCGCCCUCGAAAGAUUCCUCCCUCGUCUUUUAAGGUUCUAGAUGCGCCGGCUCUGCAAGACGAUUUUUAUCUGAAUCUCGUGGAUUGGUCCUCCAGCAAUGUCUUGGCUGUGGCUCUGGAAAACUCUGUUUAUUUGUGGAAUGCUUCUAGCAGUAAGGUAACUAAGCUAUGCGAUUUGGGGGUUGACGACUCCGUUUGUUCAGUUGGCUGGGCUCCGCUUGGCACCUACUUGGCUGUCGGAUCAAACAGUGGAAAAGUCCAGAUUUGGGAUGUAACUCAAGGCAAGUCUAUAAGAACUAUGGAGGGACAUCGAUUACGUGUUGGGACCUUGGCCUGGAGUUCAUCUCUUUUGUCUUCUGGUAGCCGGGAUAAAAGCAUUUACCAGCGGGACAUUCGUGUACAGGAGGAUUUUGUCAGUAAACUGUCUGGGCAUAAAUCAGAGGUUUGUGGACUGAAGUGGUCUUACGAUAACCGUGAGUUAGCAUCAGGUGGAAAUGACAACAAGCUACUUGUUUGGAAUCAAAACUCCACCCAGCCCAUCCUGAAGUUCUGUGAGCAUACAGCAGCUGUUAAAGCUAUUGCGUGGUCUCCUCAUACAAAUGGACUUCUUGCAUCUGGAGGAGGUACUGCAGACCGAAGCAUUCGUUUCUGGAGUACAACCACAAACUCACAGUUAAACUGCAUCGACACUGGAAGUCAGGUUUGUAAUCUUGUCUGGUCUAAAAAUGUAAAUGAAUUGGUGAGCACGCACGGCUACUCCCAGAAUCAGAUAAUGGUUUGGAAGUAUCCCACCAUGUCAAAGCUGGCAACUCUUACAGGCCAUACUUACAGAGUUCUUUAUCUUUCCAUUUCUCCUGAUGGACAGACUAUUGUCACUGGAGCUGGAGAUGAAACCCUAAGAUUUUGGAAUGUAUUCCCUUCGCGGAAAUCACAGAAUACUGAGAGUGAAAUUGGAGCAUCAUCUUUUGGAAGAUCUAUCAUAAGGUGACUUCAACUUGCAUAUAUAUAUAUAUAUAUAUAUAUAUAUAUAUAUAUAUAUAUAUAUAUAUAUAUAUAUAUAUAUAUAUAUAUAUAUAGCACAAGUGGCUGAAUGAAAUUCCAGAACAGCAAGAAUACCGUAGCGGUGGAAAAUUGUAUGUAGAAGACAUCUACUAAUUGUGAAAGCCUUAGGGAGCCAUGAAUUUACAAAUAUGGCUGCCACUGGUGGAAGUCCCUGUCCUUCAUGAAUUACCUUUAGAUUUAUCUGUACAUGUUUGUUGAGGGGAGUUGAAGCCAAGUUUUGUUUUCUCCAUUUUUUGUGUUCUUUCCUGUAAUGCACCUUGCAUUACAUUGAUAAAUUAAGAAUAGAAGCAUGUUUUCCAUGUAAUGGAACAGCUUUUGUAUAUAAAAGUAUACUUCCCUCGGAUGGUGUUUGUUUGUACAAGGGUGGUAUCCCCUCAAAUUAAGGCCAAAAUUUCAAUGA